AGUCUGUUUUAAAACUCUAGCGCAUUAGUGAUGAGCGCAAAAAUUAGGGCAUGGUUAAUUUCUACGUUUACAGUACUUGGUGUUUUCUGAUUUCGUUGAAAAUUAAAUACAUUACAAGUAUGCGGUUAACGCAUCUGUAUGUUUUUCUUUUCUGUGAAGCAUAUAUAAAGUGCUGUGAUUUCUCCGAAUUAUCUGGAAAUAUACUGGAAUGUGAACAUAACGGCAAGAAGGUUCAAAAUGCUCAAAACGGCACGAUCGAAGCAGGCUCUGUUUGCAAAGUUGAGCUACCACUAGGAGUUUAUAACGUUCAAUGCCAAGAUACACACUGGAUAAUACUGCAAGAGGUCAUUGAAAAAAAAGCUCACAUAAGGCGAAAGAGGGGAUGGUGGCGAAAAGCAGGAAAAGUUGUUGGUAACGUGUUGGAAGGAAUUGCAAAGGGAGUCAUAUGUGUUCUUUCACUCUUUACAGCUUGUGCAUUUGGCGACAGACAUCCUUCAGAUAGAACGCCCCCUACUAUUACAUGCGUACCUCCGAAAUUAUUUGUCACAGCGGAACCGUUUUCUUACUAUACCAAAGCUACGUGGGCGGAGCCUGAGGCAUUUGAUGAUACAGAUGGGAAAAUCACUCCGAGACGAAUAAGUGGGUAUCCACCUGGGCAUCACUUUCGUGAGGGAGAUACAACAGUAACAUAUAAAGCUACAGACACAAGUGGAAAUUCUGCAUAUUGUGAUAUCAUUGUCAUUGUGAAAGUCGUACGAUGUGAUUCACCUAAACGUAUAAACAAUGGUUAUUUCCAAUGCAACCCUGUUACUGAACAUUUGAAUGGAGGAACAUGUAGGUUUGGUUGUUACGACGGAUUUGAGUUAGUUGGUGGACCAGAUUAUAUUCACUGCAAGGACAACGGACAAUGGUCGGACUCCCAUCCUAUAUGCAAGCCCUUGAAGUGCCCUGCUUUACAACGAUUAGAGGGAGCUGGGGAACCAUCAUGUACAGAUGAAUUCAACUUUCGUAGCAUUUGUUCAUACAAUUGUGGCACUGGAUUUGAUAUGCCACCAAAAGUUAGUAAAACAUUGGUGUGUGACAGAACCAAGUCCUGGCGAUCGUUUGGCACACCAAAAUGCAUUGAUGUUGAGCCACCUACAUUUAAAUCUGGGACGUGUCCAAGUAUAGUCGUAGCAGGCACUGAUCCAGGUCUGAACUCUACAAUAGUUAGUUGGAAACCACCCGAAGUAAUGGAUAAUAGCAACAAUGCAGUUAUAGAAAGUAGACCCGGUUACUCCCCUGGUGUCCGACUUACUACGGGUAUAUAUUCGGUAUGGUAUGGAGCACAAGAUGCUGCCGGGAACAUUGCUUUUAACAACUGCUCAUUUAGAAUUAUUGUUCGGGAAAUCAGAUGUUCGAAGCUUUACCCCACACCAUACCUCCAAAUUAAUUGUCCAAACGGUUACGGUUCUGGUGCAAGUUGUAACAUUUCCUGUGAUCCUGGUAAGGUAUUGGUCGGCUCAGAUCAUGUCAGAUGUAAAAGAAACCUAACAUAUUUAUACGGUGUCUGGAACUGGAAAGAAAGUGUACAGUCGACUUGUAUCAAUGGCAGGACUUGUGCGGAUAUUCCGCCACCUAAGAACGGCGCUGUAGUUUGUGACAACUGGGAAGGAGGCGAGUUUUGUCAAGUGCAAUGUAAGAAUGGUACUCAAAUGUCUAGCGUUAGUUUAAACAAACUGUACGUUUGUCAAGGUCAGAAAGGUGAAUGGUCAAGUGAUCCACCAAAGGUGAAGACAUGUAGAGCGGUACGAAGUCACCAUGUGUCCCAGCAUAUAGGGAUAGAAGUUUACUACUACUUUGACGGGGAAUGUACCGAUCCAAAAACCAAACAACAAAUUUCUAACAAUUUUAUUGAACGUUUGAAAGCCAGUCUCUAUCAAGAUGAAGCGUGUCCAAACUCUAUGGAAUGUAACAAAGGAAAUGUACAUAUAACGUGUGGAGAAUCCAGUAGGAAGAGAAGAAACGCAGACUCAAAGAAUAUUCUUGUUAUUACUGCAAAACUACCUGUUACGUUGCUUAGUAACGAAAGUUUGUAUACAGCGGAAGACAGGUAUAUUAAUCUUCUAGAUGGUGUACAGGAUGUUCUUAAUAAGAAUGUUAAAGCUAUAUUUGGCAAUGCGACCGUCUCGCAAAAAGAGUAUGUGACGAAAGGUUUACAGAUAGAAUGUCCAAAAGGGUCAGUGAAGUCGGAACAAAGCUUGGAUUGCAUUGAUUGUCCUGAGGGAACAUUUUAUAAAAGAGGCUCAGGCUCUUCGAUAUGUGAGGUGUGUAGAAAGGGGGCAUUUCAAGACAGAGCGGCACAGUUAUCCUGCAUACGUUGCCCACUUGGAACAACAACACAUAGUGUCGGGGCGACAUCUGCCCAUCAUUGUGAAGGGGCGUGUUUACCAGGGACAUAUUCCAAUGAUGGACUCAUGCCAUGCACUCCUUGCGAGCAGGGACAAUACCAAGCAUCGUAUGGGCAGACAUUUUGUCGUCCAUGCCGUGGCUCAAAGUCUACAUUGACAUUUGGUAUGACAUCUGCGUCUGAUUGUAAAGAGUUUGACAUUGAGUUGAUUGAUCAAGAUAAGUCAGAAAUACAUAUGGCAUCACAUAACAAUGUCAGCAUUAAAGAUUUCACACUAACAUUCUGGUUUCGAAACACCGCAACUAACAACUCUAGUAUUGACAAAUUUCCAACUAUUACAUUGUCAAAUAACAAAAAAGAAGCCGUCUGGCUAUGGGAAGAAUUGAGAAAUGCAAAACAGAAAAAGAGUGAAAGUACAGUUUACUUUGGUCUUCCUGACACACGCUGGCACUUUAUAACAUUGUAUAGGAGUGCUAAAUGUAUGGUAUCCGUGUCUGUAGAUGGUAUGGUUUUACCUGUAGUAGAUAUAAGUGGAGGAUGCACAGAUAUAACUUUCAACUCGGUGUCUAUAACCGCAGACAACAAAACUAGCGGAAGUUUGUCGCAGCUUAAUAUAUGGCGUGGUAGACAUCAAACAGGAUAUAAGCAUAGGUGUUUUUCAAAUGAUAUUGGCGAUGUGUUCUCUUGGAAGACCAUGGAAGAAGCCGAAAUUACAGGGGCAUAUAUGGAUAUUCCAAGCCAGUGUGAUGAUUUCGACAAUUGCGUAUCCUCGCCUUGUCUCCAUGGAUCUUGCACGGACGCUCUUCACGGAUUUACAUGUGCUUGUGACAAAGGAUUCUCUGGGAUGCAUUGUGAAUUAAAUAUUGAUGACUGUGAAGCAGAUGUCUGUAUGAACAAUGCAACAUGUAUUGAUGGCAUUUCAAACUACUUCUGCUCUUGCCCAUCUAACUUCACCGGGCAGUUUUGUGAGAUAGAAAUGGUGGAUGGGGGAAACUGGUCUGAAUGUUCUACGACGUGUGGUGACGGAGAGAGAAAACGAAAACGGCUCUGUAACAGUCCUUCCCCAGAUAAUGGAGGAGAAGAUUGCCAUGGGGACACGUUUGAUUUUAUAACUUGUAACAACACUGACUGUCCAGUAUGUCCCGAAAUUCCUGCUCCGGUAAAUGGAUCUCUCGAUUGUAUAAAUGACACAGAUACAAUCAACUGCACAAUGUCAUGUGACGACGGUUUUGACUUCGAUAUAGAACCUCUUCCAUUAUACUACUGCGGACCGCAUACAUUCCAGGAAUGGAACUAUCAAUCAGACGAAAACCCCGAGAGGAGAAUACCAAGAUGUGUCGAAAUAAAAGUACCCAAAGAGAUGACUGUCAUAUAUUCGGCACACUAUGAAGACCUUUAUUGUGCAAAUCAGGAUCUCGAAGAUUUUGCUGUAGAACAGAUAGACCUUACUGUCAACACGAUGCUUUCAAAUGUUGCAUGCUUAGUGAAAAACACAUGCGCCUUAAAUUACAUAAAGAUAAUUGAUUGCGAAAGUGAAAGCAAUGGUCGAAAGCGACGUGCUGUGGAGACGACAGCUGGAUUCAGUUUACAGAUACAAACAAAUCCAACCGAAGAAAAUAAAAAUGAAACCAUGCAAGACCUUGUGGAUGCAUUUAAAAACAUCCAAAAUGCAGCAGAUUCUGGUGAUCUCACUGUUCAAGUUCUUGGCGAUUAUUAUGAAUUAAGAAGCAAUUCUACUGAAAUACAAGGUGACGUGAAAUGUGGACCUGGCGAAACAAAAGUCAAGUUUUAUUGUGUGCCAUGUGGAAAGGGUUCAUAUCUGACUACGGAUAUAUGUAAACCAUGUCCAGUAGGGACUUACCAGACCCUUGAGGGACAAUCUUAUUGUGUAAACUGUCCGCCAGGAAAAAGAACUAUUGGAAUUCAGUCAAUAAGUAUUAAUGAAUGCACAGUGAAUGUUAUUGUGCCUCAAGAAGACGGAUUUACAGUAACUGGGAUCACAGCUGGCUAUUUGUGUGGCCUCGUUGUCAUAACAGUAGCCAUACUUAUUUACAGUAGAUACAGAUCUUCAAAGGCAAAAAUCUUAGAGGAUACAGAUAUCAACAUGGUUUCUCAACCAGGCACAAGUUCUGACCAGGACAACAGUGAGCUUAGUCCAAAAAAAAAAAAAAAUAGGAAUUUAGAAGCGACUUCUCUCACUUUCCAGUCGGAUGUGCCUCAAAUGCCCACCGUUGAUUCUAAAAAAGAAGGAUCACUUUUAUAACAAGAAGGAUACAUCGCUGACGGAGAUUGUGUACAUUUGUAUCUAAGGAUGAAGAGUUUAUUCACAGUAAACAUUGGAAUGACGUCAUUGCGUCAUGUCAAUGACGUCAUAGCGUCGUGUCAAUGACUAUGACAACAGUCUUAAUCUCGCUUAAUGUUUACGUAUAUUCAUAAUAUACUGAUUUAAAUAAAUAGAAUGUCACUUACAAACUACUAUUAUUCUUGUACUUUGUGGAUAUAAAUUUAUGUUAAUUGACUAGGGCCUCUGUAUAGGUUUGUUUAUUAAAAGGUCGGGGCUUUCCAAAUAAUUAGCGAUAAAGUGUUUAAUUUGUAAUUGGAUAAUUAAUUGAUAUUUGAGCAUAUCAUAUCAGAAUCAACUAAACGAAAAGACAAUAUAAUAAGCUUUAUAUCAGUUUAAUAUGGUGGCAUAUUUCUGCCACCAAAUAACCUGAUAACUAGUUAAUGAAGAGGUUAACUAAAUACGUAACUAGUUAACCCGAUAACUUACUAAUUAGUUAAGAGGUUAACUAGUUACGUAACUAGUUAACCUCUUAAUUAACUAGUUAGUUAUAUGAUUAUAUAGUGGCAGAAAUAUGCCACCAUAGUUUUUUCCCUAAUUUAUCACUUAAAUAAAUCAUUCUAAUUAAAAUAGUAUUAUAAUAAUGCACUUGUGUUGUGUUACAACUUGGCAAUGUGACAUCAAUUGCGUUAUACAAAUUGAAAGUAAAAGCACGGUAAUGGUUGAGAUUAACUAUUGUUGUCUCAAUUAGAGUGCUCAUUUUUUAAACCCGAUAAUACAUAUGGUAUAAAGAACGAGGCUCAGCAUUAUAUUCGUGUAUCUUCAUUUCUACAUUAUUGAACUCCUUACAGAAAUUAAUAUUAUGUUCGCCAUCUACGUCAUUUUGAUUAUUAAAAUUUUUUUGAAACCAAUUAGUUUUAAUCUUUUUUAACGAGCUUCAUGUGUCUUAUAUUAUUUUUAAUCCGGGUCUCUAAGCUUUUGAAAUGUUAAAUAUGCAACGGGAUCGGACCAGUGAGUUCGUGACAGUAGCAACAACCACUGAUACAAACAACAACAACAACAGCAACAACAAAUAUGAAGUAUAUGUGCUAGCGCGGGCUAGGGCCUAUGCCAUGCGGGCAUUGCGACAUUGUGCGAGUAUCAUAAUGCCUAAUAACACCCUUGAGGCCUGCAAGCUUUUGAAAUGGCAAAAACUGGCGAAACUCCAUUCAUUUCGUAUGUUACAUCGGCUGUAAGUAGUCGCUAUUCGUAUUUCAUAAAAAAUUAUUAAUUAUUUGCGUUGUCUUUUUUGUUUGUUUUAACAGAUGCUUUUAUUAAAAUCUAAUCAUUUUAAACAUGUGUUUUCAUAAAAUUAUGUUCAUAGUCAUGUUGGCUACUUUGUCAAUAAAGACAUAUUGUAUCGUUAAGUUUA